AUGGAGAGGACACUUGCAGUCCUGCGGAGCCUGUACCACCCCACUCUGGGCUCAGCUGCUUUCACCAAUGUCCCACUGCAGUGGCAGCAUGAUACCAGCCCACUGCUGGUUGGAUGAGGGCAGGAUGCCCACUCCAGCUGCUGCUGCCCCAGCUGUCCCUCCCACCAACACCUGUGCCUGGAGCCCUACCUGGAGAAUGGCAGCACUGUAUUGACCUUCUGUCUCAAGGUGCUAAGCCACAAAAGUUUUGUAUGGGUCAACGGGCUGCCUCUGAGGUACCUAGAACAAGUACCUCUGAGCAUUGUCAGCAGAGUCUUCUUCUGUGAUGUGGUCCACACGGAGGGAGGCAACUCCCUGAAGGACUUUGUUUGCUGCUUCCAUCUCAAUCCUUCACCCCAAUUUACCAACCCAGGGCGAGGGAGUAAUGAGCGGGAAGACAUCUACAGGAACACCCUCCUCCAUGUUCAGGGAUUCUCCCUGCUGGUCACCCACAGCUUCACCACAGUCCUUCCCAAACUCAGCACAACCUUCUUCAGCCAAGCCCUGGAGAAGGAACAGAGGUGGAAUUUUCAGAUGUCCUUCUGGUAA